AUGGCGCUUGAGCACGUCCAAGACCCCAAACCCGCAGAUGGCGCAAAGCCACUGUCGCGCAACCCAGCCACUGCAGUGCCCUCGCAACGAAGACACAAAGCGCCCACAGUGGAACGGGACCGUCCCAUCACCAAGAUGGAGGCUGGGCAACCACCCACCACGGCCCGCUCGUCUCGGAACAACUCCUCUGGCCUCUCACCCGCGACUCCGUUAUUGUCCAGCGUGCCUACGCCACCAUCGCUCCACGCUGCGAGCGUCUUCUCUCUGGUCUCGAUAUGCGCUCUUAGCGCAACGUGGGCUCUUGUCUCGAUGUUCUGGGACUUUCAUGGCCUUUUCGAAACCCACAAGGCUGGUCUUUUCAUGUGUGCCGGAGUGGCAGUACCCGUGCUCGUUCUCUUCAUGUUGGUCCGCGUGAUGUACGACCAGUUGUUCGGAGUGCUUGCGCGGGAACUGGAAGGGUUUCAAGCCGGUGCGUGGAUGAUGUGUUAG